GGGACCGGUUUGUUGGCGCAAGCGUGUAAAAUCUGAGUACAUGCGGCUGCGGCAGCUCAAGCGGUUCAGGCGGGCUGACGAAGUGAAGAGUAUGUUUAGUUCCAAUCGUCAGAAAAUUUUGGAAAGGACGGAAAUCUUAAACCAAGAAUGGAAACAGCGAAGGAUACAACCUGUGCACAUCCUGACUUCUGUGAGCUCAUUGCGCGGGACCAGGGAGGCCAUUCACCUGCUCUUCCCUCUACGAUUUUCCAUAACACAGUUUUUACUUGGAACCAGCCUUCUGCCAAGAGUCUCAGUUUGGUUGUGUACUCCUACAACUACUAUUUUUGGCUUGACUUCCCUCUCCAGCUCCCAGUGGUCCAGCCACACAGUCGCCUAUUGUACCAGCUGGUUGAUUGUUCAGUGACCAGUGACUUGGAUUUUCCAACACAAGUCAUCCCAUUAAAGACUCUGAAUGCAGUCGCUUCAGUGCCCAUAAUGUAUUCUUGGUCACCCCUACAGCAGAAUUUUAUGGUGGAAGAUGAAACUGUUUUACAUAACAUUCCUUACAUGGGAGAUGAAGUUUUAGACCAGGACGGGACUUUCAUUGAAGAGCUGAUAAAAAACUAUGACGGAAAAGUACAUGGGGAUAGAGAAUGUGGGUUUAUAAAUGAUGAAAUUUUUGUGGAGUUGGUGAAUGCUCUUGGUCAGUACAAUGAUGAUGACGAUGAUGAUGAUGGAGAUGAUCCCGAUGAAAGAGAAGAAAAACAGAAAGAUCUAGAGGAGAACAGAGAUGAUAAAGAAAGCCGCCCACUUCGGAAAUUUCCUUCUGAUAAAAUUUUUGAAGCCAUUUCCUCAAUGUUUCCAGAUAAGGGCACAGCAGAAGAACUAAAGGAAAAGUACAAAGAGCUCACCGAGCAGCAGCUCCCCGGCGCGCUUCCUCCCGAAUGCACCCCGAACAUAGACGGACCAAACGCUAAGUCUGUGCAGAGGGAGCAAAGCUUGCACUCAUUUCAUACGCUUUUCUGUAGGCGAUGUUUUAAAUAUGACUGCUUCCUACAUCGUAAGUGCAAUUCUUCUUUUCAUGCAACACCCAAUACUUACAAGCGGAAGAACACAGAGACGGCUCUAGACAACAAACCCUGUGGACCGCAGUGUUACCAGCACUUGGAGGGAGCAAAGGAGUUUGCUGCCGCCCUCACCGCGGAGCGGAUCAAGACCCCGCCGAAGCGGCCUGGUGGCCGCAGGAGAGGCAGACUCCCCAACAGCAGCCGGCCCAGCACCCCCACCAUCAGCGUGCUGGAGUCCAAGGACACGGACAGUGACAGGGAAGCCGGGACCGAGACGGGCGGGGAGAACAAUGAUAAGGAGGAGGAGGAGAAAAAGGACGAGACUUCCAGCUCCUCGGAAGCGAAUUCUCGGUGUCAAACACCCAUAAAGAUGAAGCCAAACAUUGAGCCUCCCGAGAACGUGGAGUGGAGCGGUGCGGAGGCCUCGAUGUUCAGGGUCCUCAUCGGCACGUAUUAUGACAAUUUCUGUGCCAUCGCUAGGCUCAUUGGGACCAAAACUUGUCGACAGGUGUAUGAGUUUCGUGUCAAAGAGUCGAGCAUCAUCGCUCCGGCGCCGGCCGAGGACGUGGACACCCCGCCGAGGAAGAAGAAGAGGAAACACCGGUUGUGGGCCGCACACUGCAGAAAGAUCCAGCUGAAAAAGGACGGCUCCUCGAACCACGUUUACAACUACCAGCCCUGCGACCACCCGCGGCAGCCUUGCGACAGCUCGUGCCCUUGUGUGAUCGCACAAAAUUUUUGUGAAAAGUUUUGUCAGUGUAGUUCAGAGUGUCAGAACCGCUUUCCUGGCUGCCGCUGCAAGGCGCAGUGCAACACGAAGCAGUGCCCGUGCUACCUGGCCGUGCGCGAGUGCGACCCCGACCUCUGCCUCACGUGCGGCGCCGCCGACCACUGGGACAGCAAGAACGUGUCGUGCAAGAACUGCAGCAUCCAGCGCGGCUCCAAGAAGCAUUUGCUGCUGGCCCCGUCGGACGUGGCAGGCUGGGGGAUUUUCAUCAAAGAUCCUGUACAGAAGAACGAAUUCAUCUCGGAGUACUGUGGAGAGAUUAUUUCUCAAGACGAAGCAGACAGAAGAGGGAAAGUGUACGAUAAAUACAUGUGCAGCUUCCUGUUCAACUUGAACAACGAUUUUGUGGUGGAUGCAACCCGCAAGGGUAACAAAAUUCGUUUUGCAAAUCACUCAGUAAAUCCAAACUGCUAUGCAAAAGUCAUGAUGGUGAACGGCGAUCAUAGGAUAGGGAUUUUCGCUAAGAGAGCCAUCCAGACUGGUGAAGAGCUGUUUUUUGAUUACAGAUACAGCCAGGCCGACGCCCUGAAGUACGUGGGCAUCGAAAGAGAAAUGGAAAUCCCUUGACGUCUGCUACCUCCUCCUCCCCCUCCUCCUCUCUGGAACAGCUGCCUUAGCUUCAGGAACCUCGAGUACUGUGGGCAAUUUAGAAAAAUAAAAUGCAGUUUGAAAUUCUGAAUUUGCAAAGUACUGUAAGAAUAAUUUAUAGUAAUGAGUUUAAAAAUCGACUUUUUAUUGCCUUCUCACCAGCUGCGAAGUGUUUUGUACCAGUGAAUUUUUGCAAUAAUGCAGUAUGGUACAUUUUUCAACUUUGAAUAAAGAAUACUUGAACUUCC